AUGAAGUUUAGGUUAUCAGUGCACGGCAGCUGUGGAGAGAAUGGUGCACCCCGGCGCGCGUAGGUGCGUGAUAUUAUCCAUCUCUCAUCUGACAUUCUCGCAACUUUAACCGAGGCGCGUAGUUUCCUAGGGUGUGUGCACAAAGUUCAACGCGUCUCUUCUGCGUUUACACACUACAAAUGGCUUGGAUUAUCCCCCCGCAUCUCCACGGGACCGGCGCUGCUUUGAUUCUGCUCGCGGUGAUUCUGACAGGUGAUGCGGUCGCACAGGUUUUUGACAGCUACGGCUUGUCGUACGCCUUGAGGUCCGAGCUGUCAGAAGACACGAUAUUGGUCGCCAAUAAUGGGAUUCGCGUACCUUUCGGGAGAUCCGUCUUCAUUGAUCCCAUCAACGAUUUGGUUGUUCAAGUUCAGCCCGGGGAUAAAUGCAGCAUUACUGUCUUGGACAAUGAUCCUUUGUCUCAAAGGCCUGGACACCUGUCUCCCAAAAAGUUUCCGUGUGAAUUUGGCCCCAACGACGUGAAGUAUUCUCACUUUGGCUCCAGGAGUCCUCCGAGGGACAGAGUGAGGUUGCAACUCAGGUAUGAUACACAAACGGAUACAAUUAUAAUACCCUUUAUGAUGGAGGUGGAGGUUGUUUUCACACAGCUGGAAGUGCUAACAAAGAACAUGCCACUCACUGUGGAGAAACUGCUCGGCACAAGUAAUCCCAUCGACAAAAAGAUAUUGGAAUUCACCUAUGAUAGGAGCGCACAGCAAUGCAAGAUAGCCUCUCUGUCCAGCGGCAGGUAUGGGAAACUUGAGGAUGAGGACAGCCUGGGAACAAUGGUGGACUGUGAUGAAUUCAUUAAAAUGAACACCCGUUAUCGGCACACCUUUCCAUCCAAGUCACCAAACAGAGAUUACCUUCCCAUGCUUGUGGAGCUGCACGAUAAAGAGGGCAAUUUGCUCAAGCAGGAAUUCUUCCAGAUAUUGGUGAGAAUAAAAGAGGGCGAGGACAAUACACCUCCUAAACCCAGCUUCGUGGCCAUGAUGAUGAUGGAAGUGGACCAGUUUGUGAUGACGGCGAUAACCACGGAUAUGCUGGCCGCGGAGGAUGUUGAGUCUAAUUCUGACGAAUUAAUUUUCAACAUCACGUCCCCCCUGUCCUUUGAGGAGGGCUACAUAGUGAGCACGGAUGAUAGGAAUUUACCAAUAACCUCGUUUUACCAAGGAGACCUCAAAGAGUUGAAAAUCGCCUACAAACCCCCUGCUGUGGACUCAGACACUGAGCGGAUUUUCCAGAUUGAAUUUGAGGUUGUGGACACGGAGGGGGCUGUGUCAGACCCUUUUGCUUUCAUGAUUGUUGUUAAGCCUAUGAACACGUUGGCCCCUGUGGUUACUAGGAAUACCGGACAGUUACUGUAUGAGGGUCAGUCCAGGCCUUUGUCCAGCUCACAGAAUCUGGAAAUCAGUGAUGAAGACAAUUUGGACAAAGUCAAAAUUAGUGUCAUCGAUGGUCUCAGACAUGGAGAGUUAACUGUUCUUGGCUCACAGAGGAAAUUUUUCACCCCAGCCGACCUGAAUGCUGGAGUAGUCAUUUAUCAGCACGAUGGCAGUGACACAUACAGUGAUAAUAUAAUUUUCAGAAUGACAGAUGGCACCAAUGAGGUAGAGUUCCUGUUUCCCAUCACUGUUGUGCCAACAGAUGACGAGCCUCCCAUAAUCAAUGCCAAUACUGGUUUGAUUUUAUUCAAAAACCAAAUGAUGCCCAUCUCCUCACUUAUGCUCAGUGCAGCAGAUAUCGACUCAGAGGACUCUACAAUAAAAUUCACAAUACAGCCUCCCUAUUCCACUGUGGGCCAGGUGAUGCUGCGUCAGUCUGAGGCCCCAGAAGAUCCAUCGACCUGGAAGUUUAACACCGAGGAUGAAAUGUAUGAGAAAGUAGUGACUGAGUGGCUGCAGCAGGACAUUACCGAUGGCAAACUGUUUUACAAGCACACUGGGCCCCACAGCACCAGCACAGUCAUGGAUCAGUUUGUGUUUAGAGUUCAGGACGACAAUGACCCACCAAAUCAAUCUGGCGAGAGCUCGUUCAUCAUCAAAAUUCUCCCCGUCGACGACCUCCCACCUGAGCUGUACGCUGGCACAACCCUGGAAAUGACUGUGCAUGAGUAUCAGCUUACCUACUUCCGAAAGAAAUUCCUCCGCUAUACUGACCUCGACUCCGAGGAUCGGGAUCUCAAAUACACAAUCGUCCAGCCGCCGACGGACACAGAUGAGAAUAGCCCCGUUGUGUUGGGAUCUCUGGUUUUAACUGAAAAGCCAAACACUGAAGUCACAACUUUCACACAGGCUCAGAUUAAUCACCACAAAAUAGCUUACAGACCACCUGAUCUUGAGCUCGGAAUUACCCCUCAUGUUUUGCAGUUUAGGUACACUGUGCAGGAUGUUUCUAGAAAUAGCGUGGAAGGAGUUUUCACUAUACUUUUGAAGCCUGUGGACAACAAGCCGCCUGAAAUAACAAACUCUGGGUUUACUGUGCUGGAACGUGGCAGGCAUAUCCUCACAAGUGCCGAGCUCGACACCUCAGAUUCAGACACGGAUAGCAAAAAGAUAAUUUUCACUGUUACUCAGGUUCCACUGCAUGGGCACAUCCAGUUUGGAUCCACUGACAUGACAAAAGGACACACUUUUGGCCUAGAGGAUAUUGGAAAUGGCUUAAUUUCUUACGUCCAUAACGGGGAUGAAUCAACAGUGGAUACAAUACAAAUAGAUGUAAGUGAUGGGGUGCACAUCGUCCCAAUAACAAUAAAGAUUAAUGUGAAGCCAAUUGACGAUGAGACUCCAACUAUCACCCUCCCAGCUGGCACAAUUGGCUCCUACAUAGAUGUACUGGAAAAUGGAGCAACGGAAAUCACAAGUAAUGUCAUUCAGGGAAGAGAUGAGGACACAGAUGACCUCCGUUUGACAUUCAUUGUUGAAGACCCGCCGUCGUUAGGUGAAAUCCUGGUGAAAGGUGUCCCAUCUGGCACUUUCACCCAAGCUGAUAUCAUUAAUGGCUUUGUCGUCUAUGCUCAUACCAGCGGGGAGAUAGGCUUAAACACGGGGGAGGACUUUUUCAACCUCACUCUGACUGACAUGUCUGAUGAGUGGACUGUAGGAGGAAAUAAGAUCACAGGUGUCAGAGUGCAUGUAACUAUUCUUCCCCUUGACAGCCAGGCUCCAGAGGUCUUUGUUGGGCCCCAGUUCACUGUAGCUGAGGGAGAGAAGAAUGUCAUUCAGAUUCUUCAUAUAAGCGCUGACGACAUCGACACCCCAAAUGAUGACCUUCUUUGUACGAUCAUCGUACAGCCAACUUCAGGGUAUGUGGAAAAUAUCUCCCCAGCUGCAGGCUCAGAGAAAUCCAGGUCCGGGACUGCUAUCAGUGCUUUUACCAUCAAGGACAUUAGACAGAAUCACAUUUACUAUGUUCAAAGCAUCCACAAAGGAGUGGAACCAGUGGAGGACAGAUUUACCUUUAGAUGCUCUGAUGGUAUCAAUUUCUCUGAAAGGCACUUUUUCCCGAUCUCCAUAAUCCCCUCUAACGAUGAAAAGCCUGAGAUUUACAUGAGGGAGUUUGUAGUUAUGGAGGGCAUGAACAUUGUCAUCGACACCCCCAUUCUGAAUGGCGCUGAUGCAGAUCUACCCUCUGAUCUGCUCACGUUCAUUAUCACCAAACCCCCUAAGCAUGGAUUUAUUCUCAAUCAGCUCACUACCGGGACUGCCCCUGUCUCCAACUUCACCUUGGACCAGAUCAGGGAAGCCUCCAGCAUUGUGUAUGAGCACGACGACUCAGAGACCACGGAGGACAGCUUUGAUGUCGUUCUCACAGACGGAAAGUUCAUCGUCGAGAAAACAGUCAUAGUCAUGAUUAUUCCAGUGGACGACGAGACGCCGAGGAUGGCUAUCAACGAUGGCCUUGAAAUUGAGAUCGGUGACAUCAAAGUGAUUAGCAACAGCGUCUUAAAAGCUACUGAUCUGGAUUCUGAGGAUAGCAGGUUGACAUACAUUAUUAAAUAUGGGCCCGGUCAGGGGUAUUUGCAAAGAACAACGGCUUCUGGGAUGCUGCAAAAUAUCACAGCUGGAAUGAAUUUUACACAGAACGAAGUCGAUCAGGGUUUGAUUGUGUACAUUCACAACGGACAAGAGGGAAUCCGAGACCUCAUCAAAUUUGAUGUGACCGAUGGCAUCAACCCUUUGAUUGACAGAUACUUCUAUGUUACAGUCGGUGGCAUUGACAUGGUCUUCCCUGAUGUGGUCAGUAAAGGUGUAUCCCUCAAAGAAGGCGGCAGGGUUACUUUGACGACGGACCUCCUCAGCACCAGCGACCUCAACAGCCCCGACGAACAUUUAGUAUUCACAAUCACCCGAGCGCCAAUAAGAGGCCACCUGGAGUGCACAGACACACCUGGGAUGCCCAUCUCCUCGUUUACACAGCUGCAGCUGGCUGGUAACAAAAUCUACUACAUCCACACGGCUGACGACGAAGUGAAAAUGGAUAGCUUUGAAUUUGAAGUGACCGAUGGCUACAACCCCGUGUUCCGCACUUUCCGCAUCUCCAUCGCGGACGUGGACAAUAAAAAGCCCGUCGUGACAAUUCACGGCCUGGUGGUGACGGAGGGAGAUAACAAACUCAUCACGCCUUUCGAGCUCACAGUCGAGGACAGAGACACCGCAGAUCGCCUCUUGAAGUUCACAGUGACUCAAAUCCCAGUUCACGGUCGCCUGCUCUUUAACAACACCCGGCCUGUCACCACCUUCACGAAGCAGGACCUGAACGAGAACUUGAUCAGCUACAAGCACGAUGGCACAGAGAGCGCAGAAGAUAGUUUCUCCUUCACUGUCACUGAUGGCACUCACACAGACUUCUACAUCUUCCCCGACACAGUAUUUGAAACUCGAAAACCACAAGUGAUGAGAAUUACUGUCCUCCCUGUGGAUAACGGGGUACCGCAGGUAGUGGUGAACAAGGGGGCCCCGACACUGCGGGUUUUGGAGACGGGUCAUCUGGGUUUUGUGAUCACCAGUAAGACUCUUAAAGCAGAGGAUAGAGACAGCGUUCAGAAUUCUGUCACCUUCAGGAUUACUGUGGCCCCAGAGCACGGCUACCUGAUCAACCAUGGCCGAGGAAAUGCCACAAUCACCACCUUCACGCAAGCUGAAAUUGACGACAUGAACAUAUGCUAUGUACUGAGGGACGGCGACAGUGCUACAAACGACAUCUUUUAUUUCUCCAUUGAGGACAGCGGAGGCAACAAACUGAAGAACCAGCAGUUCCGUCUGAACUGGGCUUGGAUUUCUUUAGAGAAGGAAUACUACGUGGUGGAUGAAGACAUCAAGUUUCUGGAGGUGGUGCUGAGACGUCGGGGUUACCUGGGAGAGACUUCAUUUGUCAGUAUUGGAACAAAGGAUGGCACUGCAAAAAAGGACAAAGAUUUCCGGGGGAAAUCUCAGAAACAGGUGCAGUUCAACCCAGGCCAGACCACGGCCACCUGGAAGGUCAGGAUCCUGUCGGACAGCGAGUAUGAGGUGUCCGAGACGUUUCAGAUCGUUUUGUCCGAGCCAGUGAUGUCUGCCCUUGAAUUCCCAGAAGCUGCUACUGUGGAGAUCCUGGACCCCGACGAUGAGUCCACAGUGUUUAUACCCUCAGCUGUUUACAACAUAGAGGAGGACAUUGGUGAGCUGCUGAUCCCCGUACGCAGGAGUGGAGACGUGAGCCAGGAGCUCAUGGUCUUGUGCUACACGCAGCAAGUUACGGCAACGGGAACCAUCCCCACCACAGUGCUGUCCUACUCUGAUUACAUCUCCAGGCCCGAGGACCAUCACAGCAUCCUGCGCUUCGACAAGGGCGAAGUGGAGAAAUCCUGCCGCGUUGUCAUCAUUGACGAUUCCCUGUAUGAAGAGGAGGAAAGCUUCAAUGUAACCCUCAGCAUGCCAAUGGGGGGCCGUCUGGGCUCAGAGUACCCCACGGCUAGAAUCACAAUCAUUCCCGACAUGGAUGACGAUCCUGUCUUCUACUUCGGCAACACAGAGUACCAUGUGGAUGAGAGUGAUGGCUACGUGGAAGUGCAGGUGUGGAGGACGGGGACUGAUCUGUCCAAAGGGGGGACCGUGACGGUGCGCUCCAGGAAGACAGAUCCCGUCUCGGCAGAGGCUGGUGUGGAUUACGUCGGGAUCAGCCGGAAUCUGGACUUCGCACCGGGGGUCACCAUGCAGACGUUUCGCGUCAUCAUCCUGGAUGAUCUGGGGCAGCCAGUGCUGGAGGGGCCAGAGAAGUUCGAGCUAGUGCUUCGGAUGCCCAUGAACGGGAUCCUCGGGGAGCCGAGCAAGACUGUCAUCCUCAUCAACGACUCAGUUUCUGACCUGCCCAAGGUGCAGUUCCGUGAUGCUGUGUAUGUUGGGGAAGAGAACUCGGGGCAGAUCUCGACGACUGUGUACCGUAGUGGUGAUAUCAGCUAUAAGUCAACAGUUCGCUGUUACAGCAGGCAGGGGACAGCCCAGGUCAUGAUGGACUUCAAUGAGAGGCCCAACACAGAUGCUUCCAUCAUCACGUUCUUACCAGGGGAAAUCGGAAAACCUUGUUCACUGGUGCUAGUCGACGAUACAGAACACGAGGAAGAGGAAGAGCUUCGUCUUGUAUUGGGAAGCCCCAAAAGUGAAUCUCCAUUUGGAGCAUCAAUUGGAAGGCAGAACGAAACGCUGAUCAAGAUAAAAGAUGAUGCAGACAAGGCCACGAUCAGUUUCAAAGAGACCAAAUUCAGCGUGAGUGAGCCGAAGGAAAGCGGCCAAGUGUCCGUGGUGAAGAUAAAAGUGCAGCGCAUUGGCGACACCUCCAAGGUCUCUGUUGUCCGAGUUCACACCAAAGAUGGAUCUGCUACCUCUGGAGAGGACUACCAUCCCAUAUCUGAGGAGAUUGUGUUCAAACAGGGAGACACGGAGCACUAUGUGGAGGUCGAGGUUUUAUAUGAUGGUGUCAGAGAAAUGAGGGAGGCGUUCACUGUGCACCUGAAGCCUGAUGAGAACAUGGUGGCAGAGACAAAGCUGAACAAAGCGAUCAUUUACAUCGAGGAGACCAACAGCAUGGCAGAUGUCACGUUCCCCUCAGUCCCCAAAGUGGUUUCUCUGUUACAUUAUGAUGAUGUCGACGGGACCAGGGACUCUCUGCUUGUGGCCGGUUACCCAGUCAUUUGCGUCACUGCCUGUAACCCCAAGUACUCAGACUACGACAAAACCGGCUCCAUCUGCGUCAGCGAGAACAUCAACAACACCCUAACCCGCUACCGCUGGCUGGUCAGCGCCCCCACUGGCCCCGACGGCGUCACCAGCCCGAUGAGGGAAGUUGACUUUGACACCUUCUUCACCUCCUCCAAACUCAUAACCUUGGACUCAGUCUAUUUUCAGGCUGGUUCCAGGGUCCAGUGUGCUGCAAGGGCGGUGAACUCUAACGGAGACGAAGGCCUAGAGCUUAGCAGCCCCAUAGUGUCCAUCAGCAAGGAAGAGGGAAUGUGCCAGCCUCGUGUUAUAGGCACAGUGGGGGCCGAGCCCUUCUCUGCCAGGCUGCGCUACAGCGGAGCAGAGGACACAGACCACCCCAACCUCAUCAAACUCAUUGUCACCAUGCCUCACAUUGAUGGCAUGCUGCCUGUGGUGUCCACCCGGCCCCUGUCUAACUUUGAGCUAACGCUGAGCCCCGACGGCACCCGCGUCGGCCAACACCGCUGCUCCAAUUUGUUGGACUACUCUGAGAUCAAGACUCGCUACGGCUUCCUCACAGAGUCCACCAAAAACCCAGAGGUGAUCGGCGAGACAGCUCCUUACCAGUACAGCACCUCCCUAAGGGGAUCCAGCACGCUGCGGUUCUACAGAAACCUCAACUUGGAGGCCUGUUUGUGGGAGUUCACCAGCUACUAUGACAUGUCGGAGCUGCUCAGCGACUGCGGGGGCACCAUCGGGACUGAUGGACAGGUGCUCAAUCUGGUCCAAUCCUACGUGACCCUUCGAGUCCCACUACAUGUGUCGUACGUCUUCCACUCGCCCGUGGGCGCAGGAGGAUGGCAGCACUUUGACUUGCAGUCGGAGCUGAGGCUCACAUUCGUGUACGACACUGCCAUCUUGUGGAGGGACGGUAUCGGCAGCCCGCCAGAGGCCGAGCUUCAAGGCGCACUUUAUCCAACCAGCAUGCGCAUAAACGGCCAGGGACAACUAGUAGUCAACUUCCGCACGGAGGCUCGAUUCAGAGGCUUAUUUGUGUAUGGACAUCCAGCUUCCCCACUCACCUCCAUGGUUAUGUGUCCGGACCACCCUGGAUUGACCUUUAACCUCAGUGUUGUGAGGAAUGAGCCAACCUACAACCAGCCCAUUCAACAGUGGACGUUCAUUUCCGAUUUUGCUGUGCGUGACUACUCAGGCAUGUAUACAGUGAAGCUGAUACCCUGCACAUCCCCUCCUAGCCUGGAGUACACCAUCCCUCCUGUGUGCAAUCCCAGAGAACCUCUCACCUUUGACCUGGAUAUCCGCUUUCAGCAGGUGAGCGACCCAGUGGCUGCUGAAUUCAGUCUAAACACACAGAUGCUUUUACUUUCUAAACGGACGCUCUGGCUCUCAGAUGGCUCCAUGGGCUUUGGACAGGAGAGCGACACCGCCUUCUCACAGGGAGACACUGUUUACGGCAGAGUGAUGGUGGAUCCAGUGCAGAAUUUGGGCAACUCAUUUAUUUGUAACAUUGAGAAGGUGUUCCUGUGCACUGGAGCUGAUGGGUAUGUCCCUAAGUACAACCCCAGCAACUUUGAGUUUGGCUGCCUGGCUGACGCCCCAUCGCUUCUCUACAGAUUCAAAAUAAUCGACAAGGCGCAGCCAGAAACCCAGGCCCGGUCAUUUGGCAACGUAGCUUUCAACGCGUUCCUGGCAGUGGACGACCCCGGCGCUUUAGCUCUGGUGAGACAACCUGGAGCAGAUGGCUUCAGAAUGGACUCCAAAGCUCUCUUCCAGGUGACUGCAGGGAGAGAAUGGUACAUACACACCAUCUACACCGUCCGCUCUCGGGACAACGCCAACCGUGGCAUAGGGAAGAGGAGCCUGGAAUACCACGCGCUGAGCCAUCACACAUACCUGCCCCUGGAGAGCCACCGCCGCCACAGCCACCACCACCGCCGCCGCCGCUACAGAAGAUCCAACGACGUGCCAGACGUAAUAGAGGAGAUCGGCGUGAGCAACAACCGCGGCACCAACAUCCUGCACAUCGCGCUGGACCGCAGCAGCCAGCGGAGGACGAGCCCGGAGAAGGAGAUCUACACCAAAGGAAACACCCCCCAAGAGGUGAACCGGAGAGACGACGAAGACGACGGACUCGUGCUGAUCAUCGGCGUCUUCGUCGGGUUGCUCCUCACCGUGCUCCUCGUCAUCGUGGUGGCGCUGCUGGUGCGGUCCAAGCAAGAGAAGAAAGAAGUGCCCAGGAACUCCAGCAGCGCGGAGCCGAUGAUGGCGCAAGGCCUCGGCAACACAGACAGCUCAGAGGUCUGACCAAGCGGCCGACGACGGAGAGAUUUAGCUGAUAUUUUCAUUUUGCAAGUGCCUCACAUUUAGAUAAAAAAUUGAAGAUUGUGCGCGAAGCAACACAAACUGUAAAGAGCUUUGAUUCUGUUCCGAAAUCUACUUGAAAUGCUGCAUCACUCCCACGGCCAGGGAGUGGUCCGGGCAGUGACCUGGGGAUGGACCGUGUUAGUAGCUGUUUCAAGGCACUUGUCAAACACUUGUCAGAAUUCACUCAUCGACUGGCUUUUGAUGCCACUUGAUCCAAAAGAGAAAAAAAAAAGAAAAAAAAGGUGUUAUUAAUUUUCCAAAGGUGCUACAGAAGAUGCCUCCUAACUUGAACGGCAUUUGGUGUUUUGCUGAGUAGGUCGCGGGAUUAUUUCACAUACUGCUGUAGUUCUGGCUUUUGUACGUUUGGUUCGCUGCGUCAUGACACUGUCCACAGUUUUCGUACACUGGAAAAAUCUGUCCUUUUAGAGAAUGUUCGUGCCUACAAUGUCACAGGAUUUAUUAUGAUGUAGAACAUUUGUGAUCAGUAAAACAUCCACACGAACAAAAAAAAUAAGACAUCAUUUGAAUGAAUAUUGUUUUGUUGUGCUUAUAUAUAUAUAUUUCUUUUUUUGCAUGUGUUUAUUUUUCUUUUUGAAGCUUAAAAAAAGCUGAUUUGAAUUGAAUUGUGACAAAUGUGUCUGAUCUACUGUAUUUUCACUAGUUUGUAUUUUACGGUAUAUCCCAUGAACAGCAGUAUUUAUCUAAGAAACAUUGUUGAAUUUCCCUCAAUAUUUAGUCGUUGAAACACUGGAUGAUUUCAGGAUUGACACACAGCACUAAAUCAAAUAAGAGAAGUUGAACUGUUCUGUAAAAGAGUUUUCGGUAUUGCAGCGACUUUCAAGACAGCUGGUCUGCAGUGUACAGUGUAGUAUAGUAAUGGUUCCAGAUCCACUAUUUCCAACAGGAACUACUUUCCCUCUUGGCACAACUGGUACGCUUUAACGACUUAAGCUUUGUAGAGAUAGCCGUGACUCUGAAUCCAUUUCACUACAGGGCUAAGUGUUGACUCUUUAAUUCUUCUUCUUUUUAUUUCUAAUAGGAAUAUCAAAUUUCACUUAAAGGGAAUGAAAAAAGUUUUAAUCCACGUCAGAAAUUCUCUCCGAUUUAUUUUAAAAGUAUUUAUUUAUUUUUUUAAUUCAUGCUUAUUUUGACACAAACUCUAUAUCCGUCUUGUUUGUAGUUUUGAUUUGAACAUUUUGUUCUCAGUACUCAGAGUGUGACAUGUUUGUUAUUGUGAUAUUAAUAUACGGGAGAUAUAAACUUUUUUGGUUUUUGCUUUUUCAAACCAGAUUGCCACAAAAUCUGAUUACCUCUUACUUUGUAUUCUAUCCUAUAAACACUAAUGUCAUAGUCUCUACCUUGUUGAUGUCCGGUUUAUUUGCGAUUCUGUUCUGAAAUUGAAAACACUUCUAUGCAACCUGUGAUACUCUCAUUCGUUCAGUAAAUGUUUACCUGAAGUCUGUUUUUGUUUUUUCUUCUUGCCAGUGCACAAUUUGCUUGCUAAUCUACUUCUGACCCUGCAUCAAUGUACUGUGGUUCUUUUAUUACACUCUCUAAUGCUUUAAGUGCAUUCUGGGCUUUUUAUGCACAUACAUGUAUGUAUGUAUAUACAUAUGUAUUACAUAUAAAUAUACCAUUUGGAUGUUUUGGGAAUGGUUAUUGUUAAAAGAAAUAAAUAAAAAUGCAUACUGUAUGUGCUGUAAGUAUUUGUAACACAGACCAGAAGCACAACAUGGUCUGCAAAUAAAUAAUUUUUCAAGAUAACUGUGUAUUUUAUGCUUUUAUGGGACACAGAAUAAUGCAAAAUGCAGGAUAUAAGGAUUCUGAGAAGAGACGUGCAAGACUAUUAACUAUAUAACUACUGCUAAGUUAAUUACUUCAUUUCAUGUCCUCAUCACGACCAAAAAAAAAAAAGAGUAAAUCAAACUCAGAUCAGAGCAAAAAUAAGCUUAAAGGGUAGUUAAAUAUGUAUACGACAACCCAGUAAACCAUGUGCUUUUAUUACCAGUGCAUAUUCAUAGAGAAAACAAAAUUGUGUAGGGUAAAAUGCUUUAGACACAUCUCUAAAAGGUGAGCAUCUGACUCUCUGAAGAGGUCUGCGCUCCCGUUUGGCAACAAAUCAAACAGCAGAUCAGGUGCGUGAAAAGGAGAAGCCCCAUGGUCGACUUAACUGGCAAAAUUUGGAGUCAUAUCCUGUAGUUAAGAAAUCGGGUGUUAAGCACAGUGUUGUGGGUAAUUAAGUCUGACCAGGAGCUUGUCUUUGCAGCGCCUGCUGUGGCACGGUGUUUUCUUAUGCCAUUACACAAAAUGAACACGAGGGGGAGCAAGAGCAGCAACAUCUCUACUAGUACAGGAGUCUUCCCCUGUGGGGUCAUGGCUUUAUGUACUGCAGGCAGAAACUCAGACCUACCAGAUAGAUAGUGCACAACUGUAAUUGUCAGUGAAUUCUUAAAUGUGGAUGUGUUCGCUAGCCAAUGUAACAAAUGGUCAUUUACAGUAACAUAUCGGUAAUGGAUUCUUGUGUGAAAGCUAAUAAAAUAACAAAGAUUGUAAAACAGAAUUCAUACUCCAUCCCAGUGAUUUCAGAUCCAGCCUCUACCUCUGCACAAAUUAACAGUUUUCCUCACAAAGCUCUCAGUGUGACUGUCCAGCUGCUGUUUCUAUGAUACCGUCAAAUAAAAAAAUGUUUUUGCAACUGAUGCUGUGACCAAAUUGGAUGGAUUUCCUGAGUUAUGGGUUUUGUAUCCAGUCUAGGCGGUAGCACUUCAAAGAAUAAAGCUUUUUAUAGGAAAGUUAAAGGCAAAACCUUGUGGAAAUUCAAACCUUACGUCUAACAUUGAUUCGGAG